GGGUUAUAUAAAUCCAACGGUCAACGGUUAAGGUUUGCCCCUCCUCCAACUAUGAUUUCAGAGUAGCUACGUCAAAGUUGGGGGACUUUAGAAGAGCUCGUGCGAGUUGAAGGUAAGGGCAGUGGAAGUCGCGUGACCUCAUUCUAAUGCAUGUUUGUGGAUUUGCCCGGCGUGCAUUUUGGAAAACCUUGCUCGAAGUUCAUCAACGGAAAAAAACAGGAAGUAACUUUCAAGUUGAGAGCAAUUGUACGCCAGUAGAAACCAGCAGAACGAACAAGUCAAGUGCUUCCUAGAAAUGUGGUUGUUCCUUCAGCCAAAAGAUGAUUCAGGAUCCUCUGUGAAAUGACAUGCAGCUAUAACCCAGGAAUGACAUUUUGUCACUAUGUACUGAAGAUUACAGUGACUCCUCAUUCUAUUUGGAAUCAACUGGACUGGGCACAAUCAUAACGGAAAAUCUCAGGAACCAAAGACCUACCAAUUUCACUAAAGACCAAAGCAAACAUUAUAUUCCUUGACUCAAACUAUGGAGAGCCUUAGUCUUUAAAGUAAGGAUCAGAGCUGGAAAUUCCAUUUCACAACUUUGCAAUUUGGAUGUCUACCAGAGAAAACAGAUCCUACAUGUAUGGUGGACAAGAAGAGACAAACUAACAAAUGCUCAACUGAAUGGGCCUUCAGUCUUUGGUGUGUUUUAGUGUCCCUAGGAAGAAGUGUUUGGAGGCUCAACAAAGGAUCCCUUGAACAAUUUAGUGAUGGAGUCUCCCCAUUCAGACCAAUAUUAAUUUCACACCAGUGUUGUAUUUUUUUCUAAGUUCUGGAAGAGUCUCAAAGCUUUCAUCAGAAAAUGUUCUUACAUUCGUCUCUUCAUUGUCAACCAUCCACUGUCAGUGUCUUGACAGACAAUAUACUGACAAAUGACCAAAUAUGUGAAUGGAUUGCUUCCAUGGUUUCAGAAUUUAGGUAUGCAAGAGAACACGGUGUAUUCACCAGUCGAACCUCUGAGCAACACGACUCUGAAACCAGCACAUCACCUCCCACCUUGGUAGUCACCCCCCCCCAGGCCUCCACCUCUGAUAAAGACAAUGAGCAGAAGCAAAGUUCUAACCUGACUGUUUCUCAGCUGGGUUCUGUCACAGUUGGUCAGUCACCUGAAGAAGACGGUUUGAGGACAACUACAAAAUCAAGUUCUGAGAAGAAAGAACAUUCACAGAUCCUGUUGGAAGACUCCAGCACCUAUGAGAGGAAGGAUGAACAGAGUUCUGUCAUUAACACUACCAUUAAUGCCUUUAGCAGUGAUGAACUGAUAAAGGAGUCCAAUCAAACAGUGGAUGGCAAUUCACCAGAUAAAGACUCCAUGUUUCAGUUAGCUGGCAGCAAGACUUUAGAUGACAAAGAUGGAAAAAAUGAAGUUUGUCAGCAGCAAAAGGGGUAUGAAGUCAAAGAAGGGAGAGUAGUAGCUGCCUCAAGGUUAAGUACAACCAAAGAAGAGUCCAGGAAAGCUGGUAAAACUCAAACUGAUAGAGCAAGCGUGUUGGGUUCACGCCAACGGAACUCAACCAAUGUACUGGACAAAAGGUUCCAACAAACCAAACCUAACCAUCCAGCACAAAGCAACAUAGAUGGAACACUAAAUUUUCCAAUUCUAACUGAUCCCCAGUAUGAUAAUAUUUCAGAUGUGGAAGAGGCUUCAGAGUUGACUGCCAAAUUUCUGAGGGUAGAACAAUGUGAAGACGCAAGUGAAGAUAAGAAUCAGGACAAUGGAAAACGAGCUGGGAAGAUGGGCUCUACCCCACUUGUUGUAUCUGAUGCCUGCAGUAAAACAUUAGAAAAUGUGCAGACUUACAAUUCCCCCAAUACACCCACACUCGAUGAAAUAACAGAUGUCCAUUCUCUGUAUUCUGUUGAAAAUGCUGAUGAGUCAGAACAUCACUUGUGUAUUGAGAGAGAUCAUGGAGAGCAGACAAACCACUUCUAUGAGGAAUUUAGUGAUGAGUCUGAUGAGGAGAGUGAGAUUGAGUUUGAAGUGGUACCUGUAAUGAUGUCAGACCUUAACCCUGAACCGGUGGAAGAGGAGCCUGCUUCAGGAAAUGUGAUGCAACAUGACUGUGAUCAUGAAAACCAAAUACACCAGCAUGGCGUAAGUGCAAGAAAACGUUGUGCUCCAACGCCAGUACCAGCAUCUGCAUUUUCCCAGAUUGCCAUUUUUGACACGCCAGACGAUCAAGAACAAGCCAUUAGAUGUGGUCAGGUUUCCUUUGUCGCGCUCCCCUGUGGCAGCCCUGAGUCAACAUCAGGACAAGGUGAGGACAGUUGUGCCACUGAGGACAGUUCUUAUUCAUCUGGUCCUGAGUGCAACUAUAUGACUGUUUCUAAGGAGCUAUAUAAGAGCAUAUCAUCUGCCCAAAAAAAGACUGGCCACUGUGUCCCUGAAAACAAGGAGAAUGUGCAAAUGCCUCCAGAUGAUGGUAUAAUUGACAACCUGACUUUGGAUGUGGAAGAUAACCACUGCGAGUCAGAAAUGAAGAACCAAUCUCAAACUUCAGAGAAUUCCAAACAAAAUGAUGAAAGUGUUGUGAUUAUUUUGUCUGACUCAGAUGAAGAAGGUAGGGAAAAAUACUGUAUCGCAAAGAUGGCUUUGUCUGCAACUUCAGCAGACUGUGGCAGAGGUUCUUCUAGACAAGAGAGGAACACAGGAACUCCUGAAGUAGCAACAUUGGACAACAACCAAAAGAGCAGCAGGUCAAGAGUGAGUUGGCAACAGUCUGACAAAGAUCCAAUAAGAGAGGUUAUCUCAGUGGAAGCAGACGACAGUAAUGACUUCUCAAAUGCAGGUGUAAAUGUUUUGGUUCCUGAAUGGAAAAAACAGAGAACAGCCUCUAGCCACCCCAGACGGUUAUCAGAGGCAGACGUCACUAAAAACGCCUGUAUAAUUGAUCGCAUGAUUGUUAUAGAAUCUAAAUCUGGUAAGCCAGCUACACUUGUCAGGGUACCCAGAGACCCCAGGCAAGGUCCACAUGAAUCCAUGGCAAUGGCAAAGUCUUCAUUUACAGAGAGGGAUAGGAUUAGAAAGCAACCUGACAAACCUGCCUCCAUCCCCACUAGAACUCAUGUAGAAGCCCACAAGAACUCGUGUAGACGCAUCAUGCAUGCUUCACCAUCUUCCUCCUCUGACAACCCUUCAGCAAUGGAUCAUCCCUUCUCUCCUGCAAUGUUUCCAUCAUCUCCAGCUCCUGUUCAGUCAAUGCAAGUCACCAGCCAUGCAAGGAGAAAAGUGUUUAGCACCUGGAAAGAUCAGCAUGUCCCUCUGCGCAGGGAGAAAAAACACAAGAGGGCAAAUACCUUGAGACAUCCUCGCUAGAUGGUACACCAGCAGCUCAGAUGGCUGUGGUUUUUCCCAGGUUAUGAUGAUCACUGAGAAAAAUUCUAUUAGGUCAUUUAUAUUUCAUUCAUAAUUCUAUUAAACAGUAAAAUAUGUAUAAAGUAUCACAUUCUGGAUGUUAUAAGUAUAUCUUAUUGUCUUACUUCCAGUCUUGCAUCUCAUUGUCUUUUGGGACAAAUGUAAAUUUCAGAUGUCACAUGUGAAUGUUUUAUCAACCUCAUGUUGUACUGAACAUUUGACUAAAAUCCUGACUGCUAACCUA